AUGACAUCAUCAGAAGCAUCCGAGUUUCGGAUGAUUGAAGAUGACGAUGACGUCAGCAACAAUGUCACGUGGACCGAGUCGGACAACUCGCGGCUCCGCGAGAAGCAGUUCCUGCUCUCCUGCGAGCGGGGAGAUAUUGGGAGUGUUAGGAAGCUUUUGGCUGGAAUUUCAACGGAAACUUUUAAUAUAAAUUGUUUGGAUCCGCUUGGCAGAAACGCGCUUCUCAUCGCAAUUGAAAACGAGAACAUCGAGAUGAUCGAGUUACUAUUGGACCACAAUAUUGAGACCGGCGACGCAAUUCUCUACGCAAUUGGAGAGGAAAACGUGGAGGCGGUGGAGAUCAUAGUGGAGCACCUGGAAAAAAUGGACAAAUUUGACUCGGAGCGCCAAGGAGUGGAGAUCACAGAGCACUCAGCAUUUACUCCAGACAUCACACCAAUAGUGUUAGCAGCUCACAAAGACAAUUACGAGUGCAUAAAGCUGUUUUUGGACAAGAAGGGUACGGUACCCCACCCCCAUGACGUCAGAUGCUCCUGCCCCGAGUGCUACGUGGCAAGGGAAGAGGAUUCUCUGCGACUUUCUAGGUCACGGAUAAAUGCCUAUAGAGCACUUACAAGCCCGUCGCUCAUCUGUCUUUCCGCUCGAGACCCGAUUUUGUACGCUUUCGAGCUGAGCUGGGAGCUCAAGCGGUUGAGUUUUAUUGAAAAUGAGUUCCGCACAGAUUAUGAGGAGCUCUCCCAAAAGUGCCAAAAAUUCUGCGUUCACAUGUUGGACCAGGUGCGGGGCUCCAAGGAACUGGAGGUGGUGCUCAAUCACACUACAAAUGCGUGGCACGAUGUGACGUCAGCAAAUUAUGGAAAUCCAGAAAAAUUGGCAAGGUUGAAGCUGGCAAUACAGUUAUCGCAGAAAAGGUUCGUCGCCCAUCCUAACUGUCAGCAGCUGCUUCUGGAUAUCUGGUAUGAAGGUGUUGAGUCAGUGAGAUGUACUAACUUUAUAUAUAAGCUAAUUUUCUACAUUCUCGGAAUGCUCAGUUUUCCGUUAUUCUCACUUGUCUACUUACUUGCUCCGCACUCCUCAAUGGGACAAUUCGCCAAGAAGCCAUUCAUCAAGUUCCUUUCGCACUCUGGAAGCUAUAUUUUCUUUCUGAUACUCCUUAUCAUGGCAAGUCAACGUAUGAACGUCAUCGACAACAUCCUACGCACUGAUGACGUGGAUCGCAAGGAGACACGUGGACCCCCGCCCACCAUAAUCGAAUGCGCUAUAUUUUUAUGGGUUUUAGGAUUAAUAUGGGUUGAAAUCAAGCAACUGUGGGAGUGCGGUCUCUACAAUUAUUGCCGAAAUUUGUGGAAUAUUUUGGAUUUUAUCACAAAUUCCUUGUACCUUUGCACCACCGCCCUACGUGUGGUCGCCUAUGUUCAGGUAGAACAAGAAGCUCUGCGAGCCAACUCGGUGCACAUCGCUCGUCACCUGCCCCGCCGCGACUGGGAUGCCUGGGACCCCACACUGCUCAGCGAGUGCUUUUUUGCCACUGCGAAUAUUUUCUCCUCACUGAAAUUGGUGCACAUUUUUACAGUGAGCCCACACUUGGGACCACUUAAAAUUUCUUUGGGCCGUAUGGUAAUCGAUAUUGUGAAAUUUUUUAUGGUCUACGCACUGGUACUAUUCGCAUUUGCAUGUGGGCUCAAUCAACUGCUGUGGUACUACGCCUCAAUGCGCCAAAACGAGUGUAAUUUAUAUGAGCAGUACAAAAACGAAAAGUCAUUGAGCUACAAGUAUGAGCACUUGAAGGAAUCGUGUGACGACAAGUACAAAUCCUGCUCGAGCAUCUACCACACCGCGGAAACUCUAUUCUGGGCCCUGUUUGGCCUGGUAGAUCUCACGCAUUUUCGGUUAAAAGAGGACCAUUUCUUGUCGGAAUGGACGGGGAAAACGAUUUUUGGCAGCUACUGUUGUUGCUCCAUAAUUGUGCUCCUGAACAUGCUCAUCGCUAUGAUGAGCAAUUCAUAUCAGUAUAUUUCGGAUCAGGCGGAUAUUGAGUGGAAAUUUGCGAGGAGCCGACUGUUUUUAGAAUAUUUCGACGACACCGCCACAUUGCCGCCGCCUUUUAACAUUGUCCCAUCACCAAAAUCAAUAUAUUACUGCCUACACUAUUUGACCAAAAAGCUGUGCAAUUGCACAAAACUACAGCAGCCGAGCAAGCAGAAAAGCAUGCGGGUAGAAUCAAAAAAUCUUGCGAUCCGUCAACGACCGCGAAAACAACUACCGGAGAACUGUGCGAAAAAUCGCUACAGCGGAGCACAAUUUCAUUCACGAAACAAGAAAAAGACCGCCAUGGCAGAGCGUCGUUUGAAAAAUUCGGCGCUUUUACUGAAAGAAUUCCCGGUGCCACAGAUGUUCAAGGCCGGUCAGCGGAAUAUGAGCAUCUCCUCGAUUCAGUCAAACGGGCGGCUAAAACCAUCAUUCAUGCCGAGCAGCUCCAAGUUGAGCUGGAGCAAUCUGAAAGUGAAAGCUUCACGUCUUUCAAAAUCCAAAUCAAUCGAUACUACACAUCUCGAUGUUACCCGGUUACAUGCGUUGAGCAAAAAAUCGCCGCUUCAAAAACAAGCCCAUACGAGUUUCGACACCUCCAGUCUCAAUGACGACACUGAUGAACUUUUAUGA